AUGGACGUGAAUACCCGGAAACGGGCCAUGGCGUCCGUCGACAAGCAGAUCAGGCACAACAUCCUACCGCAACUCCGCUCACUCCGGCGCACUUUUAUCGGCAGCGUCGACGAGCAUCUCUCCGUGUUCCCACCGCAGCGUGUCUAUAAUCGGGACCGACGGGCCUGGCCGCGUAUCACAUCCGAGAGCCAGGAUUUUGUUCUCUGCCACAACGAUCUAGGACCCCAGAACAUCUUUGUCCACUGUGACACCUUUCAAAUCCUUCCGCUGUGGACGGCGCAUUCGUGGGAGGACGAGCAACAGAUCUACAAGAAGGCCGAUGCGCUUGAGCUGGCAUUCUUCGGCCUCGAGCCGAAAGAUUUGAACGAUUGCCAGCCACCUCUUUAG